AUGAAGCCCUCCACAGACGAGGGCCUUGUACCAGCGCCUCUCUCGAAAGCGAACCCUCCAUAUCCCCUCACGCCGGGCGAAGACUGUCCACCUGCCAUUCCUGCCUCUUCCGCGCACAAUGGCUACCCUGCAGGCUCCAGCGGUACCCCAGCCUUCAACUUCAAGACGCCAGACACAGCGCCCCCACACAAAGACGACAACUUACUGGACGAGUCUGACUACAGCGACGAAGACUGGGACAAGUCCGACGAGGCCGACGACGACGACGACCCAUGGGACGAUUCCAGUCCUGUAGGCGUGCCAGACGCGCUGAGGCCUGCAGGAGGAAAGGCCCCGGCUACAUCGGACAGCACCCAAAGCGCUAUACCAGAUGCGCUGAGGGCUGGUCCGCCAGCGGGUGUGCCUAUCAAGAAGUCCUGGGAGAACAUCUCGCCCAUGGCAACUGGAGCCAGCGGGGUUUCCUACGGCGCUGUAAGCACGAUCUCGAAUGACGGGUCGUCUGGCUCUGUACCGCUGAAGACAAACAACCCCUAUCUGAAGAUGCAGACGACCGGGCAGAGCACGUUCGACGGAGAGAAUGUCUGGGGUGAUUCACACGGACAGUCUCAACGCUUCGAGCCGGUGGAGCUUCCUGCUUUCCAGACGCCUGUCACACCCACGAACAACACGGCCAACCUGAGCUUCAACAACGAAACACCUCAACACCAAAGAAAGCCCUCUGUUGACCAGCCACCUCUGAUCGCGCUGGAGACUGCGACCCCACAUACCGAGCAUCCAAGAGACGACUCUCCAAGUGCCAACCCAUGGAGCACAAGCGACACUGCGCCACGGAAUGGGCGGCCUGAAGCCCGCGCUCACCAGGAAGCUCAAAAGACUUGGCAAGAGCCGGAUGUAUGGCAGCAAAAUGAGCCUACAAGGCAGACCCAGGAACCCGCUAGCGCUCAUAGUGCGCCAAACUAUACUCCUCCUCCUGCCCCUCAGUCGCAGCCUCCUCCCCUCCCCAAUGCGCAGCAGCUACCGCCACACACCACCUCACAGCAGACACCGUCACCGUUCCAGGAUGAGCCACUGCCGCCACCUCGAUCAAGAAGGUCAACAGAGGAGCAGCCGCCGCCCUUUCCUCCACGACCGCUCGAGACAGGCUUCAUCGAGGCUACGCCUCCGGGGCCCGAGUCGCCGAAUACUGCUAUGAACCGGCAGAGGCGAGAGCACUACCAGAUCAAGCACAUUCGAUGGCACGAUGUCAACAAGCCCGGCAUCCGAACCUCGCCUAUCCUCACUCAAAACCUGAACGGGCCGUGUCCCUUACUUGCUUUGGUGAACGCACUGGUACUGUCGACUCCAGCUGGUAUCGAGACUGCGCUGGUGGAGACACUACGUACACGAGAGCAAGUGAGCCUUGGCCUGCUGCUCGACGCGGUCUUCGAUGAGCUUAUGUCGGGAAGGCGAGGGGAUGCAGCGCAGGAGCUUCCAGAUGUUAGUGACUUGUACAAGUUCCUCCUCACUCUUCACACCGGUCUCAACGUCAAUCCAAUGUUCGUACCUGACACGGACGCUACUCACGGUAACACCGCGCUUGCAAACCGCCCCGGAGCCAAAGCUGGAGGUUUCGAGAACACGUCUGACAUGAGAUUGUACCGUACAUUCGAUAUCCCACUGAUUCAUGGGUGGCUGCCAGAAGAAGGCUCAGAGGCCUACCAAGCUUUCGAGCGUGUGGCGAAGUCGUACGAGACAUCGCAGUAUGUUCAAUUUCAGGAGGAAGAGCUGGACGCAAAGUUGCAGUCUGGUCAGCCCUUGACUGACAGCGAGCAACAAAUGUUCACGGACAUCCACGCUAUCAAGGAAUUCCUGAGUCGGUGGCCCACUCAGCUGACAGACCACGGUUUGAAGAUCAUGAAGGACAGCUUGCAGCCUGGUCAGGUCGCAAUCUUGUUCCGUAAUGACCAUUUCUCGACCGUAUUCAAGGACCCCCGAACCCAAAACCUUGUUACUCUAGUCACAGACCAAGGCUACUCGACUCACGACGAGAUUGUGUGGGAGUCUUUGAUCGAUGUCAAUGGCAUGGGAAGCGAGCUAUUCUCGGGUGACUUCCGGCCCGUUGGUAAUCACGAGUCCGCUCCCCAAGGAACGAUACAGCACCAGGAGCAGAGUCCGGUCGUUGGUGACAGCCAGGGCUGGACGACAGUUCCAACUCGACGACCAAACCAACAGCGAUUGGCUCCGGUUACA